AUGACCGUUAAAGGACGGACGGUGAUAGUGCCACAGAACAGAGGCCUCUGCUACUUCCCCAACCCAGAGCCUUGGAAUCCCCACCGGCCAGUCAAGAUCAUCGUGACAGGAGCUGGGAUUGGAGGAGUUGCUAGUGCAGUGCUCCUAUCACGCAAGGUGCCAAACGCGAGCAUAUCUGUAUACGACCGUUUGGACAAGAUUGGCGGGACUUGGGCAGCUAAUGUCUACCCCGGGGUUCGUUGCGACGUGCCAUCUCAUGCAUACCAGUGGUCAGAGUAUUACCCAAAAGGAGCAGAGAUACAACAGUACUAUGAGCGAGUUGUAGCCAAGUACGGACUCACUGAUGACUUCCAUCUGAGGCACGAAGUCCUCAAGGCCUCGUGGAUUUCCGAAUCCUCUCAGUGGGAGGUGGAGAUUAAGAACCUAGAGUCCGGCGAUGUGUUCAUCCAGAGAGCGGACUUCUUGGUCAGUUCCCAAGGCCGCAUCAGCGUUCCCAAAUUUCCAGAUGUCCCAGGCCUCGACACAUACAAGGGUAGAGUUGUGCACACUGCUCGUUGGCCAAAUGACUUUGAUUACAAGAACAAGAGGGUUGCCGUAAUCGGCAACGGAGCCAGCGGACAGCAGCUAGUACCAAAUAUCGUCAAAGAUGUGGAGCACAUUGACCACUACGUGCGCUCAAAGACCUGGGUCACGCCCACGUUUGCCGGGGAUCUCUUCGUGGCCACGGCCGACAAGCCAGGUGGCCCCGAGUAUUCCGAGGAAACGAGGAAAAAGUUUCGAGACAGUCCAGAGUUCUACUUGGAGCACCGACGUGCAUUCAAUGCCAAACUCCAUAUCCGCCAUCCCGGCGCUGAGAUCCUAGGUAGCCAAGCCAACCAAGACCUUCGCGAUCGUAUCACAGAGGUCAUGCUUGAGCGUCUUGAUGGAGAUGAGGAGUGGCUGCGCAGAGUCGUUCCGGAUUAUUCCCCAGGCUGCAAGCGACUAACACCAGCACCGGGUUAUCUGGAGUCUCUGAAAGGUCCAAAGGUCGACUACGUCACCAGUAAGAUCUUGAGGGUUGAAGAAGGUGGCAUUGUUACCGAGGAUGGAAAUCUGCGUAGAGUGGACGCCAUUAUCGCGGCGACUGGUUUUGAGAAUGGAUUUACCACGCGCUUCCCUGUCAUCGGAAAAGACGGCGUUGAUUUGAGAGAGAAAUGGUCGGCAACUGGUGCCAUUGGUUAUCCCGAGACAUACUUUGGCGUCAUGGCACCGGGCUUCCCCAAUUACUUUACCGUUCUUCAGGCACAAGGAAAUGCCAGAGGUGGAACUGUCCCCCUUCAGAUAGAAAUCUCAGCAACAUACAUUGCGAAGUGCAUCCGCAAGAUCCAGUCACAGAGCUACAGCUCCCUGACUCCACGUCAAGAUGCAACGCAGGAGUUUAAUGACAUUGUUAACGGGCACUUCACUAAUAAAGUCACCAGCGACACGUGCUCGAGUUGGUUCAAGCAGGGCCCGGGCAAAACAAGGACGGUCAUCGCUUGGCCGGGAACUUAUCACCAUAGGGCUGACAUUCUGAGAGAUCCUCGGUGGGAAGAUUUCGAGUUUGAGAGACGAUCGGAUGCGAGGCUGAAUCGCUACGAGUACUUCUCAGAUGGCUCAACGGUGAGAGAAAAGACAGAUGAUGAGAAGGAGUUAACCAAGUAUCUGAGAGCAGUUGGGGAUAUUGACAUUGCAACUGUCCAUGAGGCUUGGAAUGAAUAG